UCUCAUUUCUCCCCCGUUGUCUUCUUCAUCACAAAUCGCUACCAUAAGUGAAGAUCCUUCGGACUGAAAGUAAGACGAGCGACACUUCGAUCCUGAAGAUAUAUUAAAGGAGGAAGAUAUGGGGCACAAAAUGGGUUCACUGAAGAUAAACCCGAAGAAGUUUGGGGGAUUUAGCAAACCUUGCAUGAAGGAAAUGGUAACUUUCCUGAAUUGCUUAGCCAUCAACCACACCGAUGAAAAAUGUGCUCGUCAUAAGGAUCUUUUGACUACAUGUAUGAGUGCUCAGGAUACCAAUUCCAAGAAUUCAUGGGGGAGCAUGAAUUAUCAUCUGCAAAGGCUUAAUAGGGGAAAGAAGUAGAAGCUUGGCAUUCCUUGGUUUAAAAAAGAAGAAGAAAAAGCGACAAAUAAACCUAUGCAUCUUGUGUGGAAGAAGAGAGGUCUCAUCCACUUUUCAUUUUGAAAACUUUGGUUAUUUGCUGACAUAUUACCCUAUGAGAUUUUUUUUUGUCAAUUGUUCCAUUUUGAUAGAAUACAAAAGGUGACAAUUUAAGAAUUUACUCAGUGAUUCGGGUUUAUUCUUACUAGUGUGUCUAGCAUAAUCUCCUUUAAAUUAAGUAUUCUUAUUGAGAAU